AUGCCCCGACUUCAUUCUGCUUCAGAGCCUCCUGCGACAGGGUUCUUUGCCAGGGUUCGAAAUGAGCUCGGGAAUAGAACCGAAGGCUUGCACCAAAUCAACAACCAAGCUUUGGAUUGGUAUAGAAGUCAACUGCAAAUACGACAAAUUCUUAUUCAAAUUGGUGGAGUGGUGGCAAUUGUGAUAGGAGUUCUUGUGUUGAUUUUCCACAAAUAUCUUAUAGAACUUCUUGUUAUAAUCUCAGAUGAUUGGGCCAAACUACCUGGUGGAAGAUUAAUUCUAUUUUUACUCGUUUUCUUUGUUGGUUUCCCACCCCUUAUUGGUUAUAGUGCCUUGUCUCUUCUUGCCGGUAUGGUAUAUGGGUUUCCCUAUGGCUGGCCCUUGCUUGCACUGGCUUCUGUUUCUGGCUCAUUCGUGGCAUUUCUUGUGUUUCGUUACUUUCUCAGAAGUCAAGGUGAGAGGCUUGUCAACUCCAAUGAAAAGUUUCGUGCUUUUGCUGAGAUUCUUCGUGAAGACUCGAGUCUCUUCUUGUUGGUUUUGAUUCGCUUGUGUCCUUUGCCAUACUCACUUUCCAACGGAGCUUUAGCAGCCAUUCCUGAGUUGUCCGCAUGGGUGUACCUUGGAGCUUCUGUGAUUACAUCUCCAAAAAUGUUGAUCCACCUUUUUGUAGGGCACAAAAUCAAGGAGUUUGGAGACGCUAAAACAGAUACUUCUACAAAGAUCAUAGAUGUAAUCAGUAUCUUGGUCACUGGAGCUGCGGCAAGUUUGACGACUUUUAUCAUCUACCGCAAGAUGCAACAGAAAUUGCACCACAAUAGGGCCGGUGCCAACUAUGACGCUUUUGUGUUUGGAAACUUUGAUGAUUUAGAAUCUGGAACAAACGUUGAAUUGAAUUCGGCAGACUUUGAUCAAGACAAUUUUAUUAUUACCGAUGACGAAUUAGAAGAAGAGGAACCCAAUGGCUCUCAUACUGCAACAGCAACCCAAGUCCAAGUAGCCCGAAGGAACUGCAGCAAAGCCAUGACUAUUUGUACAUUAAUGUUCGUAUGA